CCAGCAGCGGAGCAGGCGGCCCGUGGGGGCCGACCCGGAGGAGAGCAGAGCCGGAGGCGCGACGCGGCGCUUCCCCGCACCCGCACACGGAGUCAUGAGGUGCCACGCUGCUACCAGCUGCUUCGUGGCCUGGCUGUUUGUGCUGAUCUCCGGAUGCUGGGGCCAGGUGAACCGACUGCCCUUCUUCACCAACCACUUCUUUGACACAUACCUGCUGAUCAGCGAGGACACACCUGUGGGUUCUUCUGUGACGCAGUUGCUGGCCCGAGACAUGGACAAUGACCCGCUGGUGUUCGGUGUGUCUGGGGAGGAGGCCUCCCGCUUCUUCGCUGUAGAGCCUGAUACAGGUGUGGUGUGGCUGCGGCAGCCACUGGACAGAGAGACCAAAUCUGAGUUCACAGUGGAGUUCUCUGUCAGCGACCACCAGGGGGUGAUCACACGGAAGGUGAACAUACAGGUUGGGGAUGUGAACGACAAUGCACCCACAUUUCACAACCAGCCCUACAGCGUCCGCAUCCCUGAGAACACGCCGGUGGGGACGCCCAUCUUCAUCGUGAACGCCACAGACCCCGACCUGGGUGCAGGGGGCAGCGUCCUCUACUCCUUCCAGCCCCCCUCCCCGUUCUUCGCCAUCGACAGCGCCCGCGGCAUUGUCACAGUGGUCCGGGAGCUGGACUACGAGACCACGCAGGCCUACCAGCUCACCGUCAAUGCCACGGAUCAAGACAAGACCAGGCCUCUGUCCACCCUGGCCAACUUAGCCAUCAUCAUCACAGAUGUCCAGGACAUGGACCCCAUCUUCAUCAACCUGCCUUACAGCACUAACAUCUACGAGCAUUCUCCUCCGGGCACAACGGUGCGCGUUAUCACCGCCAUCGACCAGGAUAAAGGACGUCCCCGGGGGAUUGGCUACACCAUCGUCUCAGGGAAUACCAACAGCAUCUUCGCCCUGGACUAUAUCAGCGGAGCGCUGACCUUGAAUGGCCUACUGGAUCGGGAGAACCCCCUGUACAGCCACGGCUUCAUCCUGACCGUGAAGGGCACAGAACUGAAUGAUGACCGCACUCCAUCCGAUGCCACAGUGACCACAGCCUUCAACAUCCUGGUUAUCGACAUCAACGACAAUGCCCCGGAGUUCAACAGCUCUGAAUACAGUGUGGCCAUCACCGAGCUCGCACAGGUGGGCUUCGCCCUACCCCUCUUCAUCCAGGUGGUGGACAAGGACGAGGGCCUGAACAGCAUGUUUGAGGUGUACCUGGUGGGGAACAAUUCCCAGCACUUCAUCAUCUCCCCCACCUCUGUCCAAGGGAAGGCAGACAUUCGCAUCCGGGUGGCCAUCCCCCUGGACUAUGAGACUGUGGACCGCUACGACUUUGACCUCUUUGCCAAUGAGAGUGUGCCUGACCACGUGGGCUAUGCCAAGGUGAAGAUCACCCUCAUCAACGAGAAUGACAACCGGCCCAUCUUCAGCCAGCCACUGUACAACGUCAGCUUGUACGAGAACGUCACUGUGGGGACCUCUGUGCUGACAGUCCUGGCAACAGACAAUGACGUGGGCACCUUUGGGGAAGUCAACUACUUCUUCAGCGAUGAUCCUGACCGGUUCUCUCUGGACAAGGACACAGGGCUCAUCAUGCUCAUCGCCAAACUGGACUAUGAGCUCAUCCAGCGCUUCACCUUGACAGUCAUUGCCCGGGAUGGGGGUGGUGAGGAGACCACAGGCCGGGUCAGGAUCAACGUGUUGGACGUCAACGACAACGUGCCCACCUUCCAGAAGGAUGCCUAUGUGGGGGCCCUGAGGGAGAACGAGCCUUCUGUCACCCAGCUGGUGCGGCUCCGGGCAACGGAUGAAGACUCCCCUCCCAACAACCAGAUCACCUACAGCAUCGUCAACGCUUCCGCCUUUGGCAGCUACUUCGACAUCAGUGUGUAUGAGGGCUACGGAGUGAUCAGCGUGAGCCGUCCCCUGGAUUAUGAGCAGAUACCCAACGGGCUGAUUUACCUGACAGUCAUGGCCAAGGACGCUGGCAACCCCCCUCUGAACACCACUGUCCCUGUCACCAUCGAGGUGUUUGAUGAGAACGACAACCCGCCCACCUUCAGCAAGCCUGCCUACUUCGUCUCCGUGGUGGAGAACAUCAUGGCAGGAGCCACAGUGCUGUUCCUGAAUGCCACAGACCUGGACCGCUCCCGGGAGUAUGGUCAGGAGUCCAUCAUCUACUCCUUGGAGGGCUCCUCCCAGUUUCGGAUCAACGCCCGCUCAGGUGAAAUCACCACCACCUCCCUGCUUGACCGUGAGACCAAGUCUGAAUACAUCCUCAUCGUGAGAGCCGUGGACGGGGGUGUGGGCCACAACCAGAAAACUGGCAUUGCCACUGUGAACAUCACCCUCCUGGACAUCAACGACAACCACCCCACCUGGAAGGACGCCCCCUACUAUAUCAACCUGGUGGAGAUGACCCCUCCAGACUCCGACGUGACCACAGUGGUGGCCGUGGACCCGGACCUGGGGGAGAACGGCACUCUGGUGUACAGCAUCCAGCCACCCAACAAGUUCUACAGCCUCAACAACCGCACAGGCAAGAUCCGCACCACCCACGUCAUGCUGGAUCGGGAGAACCCCGACCCCCACGAGGCGGAGCUGAUGCGCAAGAUUAUCAUCUCUGUCGCUGACUGUGGCAGCCCCCCUCUGAGAGCUACCAGCAGUGCCACGGUGUUUGUGAACCUCUUGGACCUCAAUGACAAUGACCCCACUUUUCAGAACCUGCCUUUCGUGGCUGAGGUGCUGGAAGGCACUCCGGCCGGGGUCUCUGUCUACCAGGUGGUGGCCAUCGACCUGGACGAGGGCCUGAACGGGCUGGUGUCCUACCGCAUGCAGGUGGGCAUGCCCCGCAUGGACUUCCUCAUCAACAGCAGCAGGGGUGUGGUGGUCGCCAGCGCGGAGCUGGACCGCGAGCGCAUCGCCGAGUACCAGCUGCGCGUCGUGGCCAGCGACGCGGGCACGCCCCCCAAGAGCUCCACCGGCACGCUCACCAUCCGAGUGCUGGACGUGAACGACGAGACGCCCACCUUCUUCCCCGCCGUGUACAAUGUCUCCGUGUCCGAGGACGUGCCGCGGGACUUCCGGGUGGUCUGGCUGAACUGCACGGACAAUGACGCGGGCCUCAAUGCCGAGCUCAGCUACUUCAUCACAGGUGGAAACGUGGAUGGGAAGUUCAGUGUUGGCUACCGUGAUGCUGUUGUGAGAACAGUAGUAAACCUGGACCGGGAGGCCACAGCCGCGUAUACGCUCGUCCUGGAGGCCAUCGACAAUGGCCCCGUAGGUAAGCGGCGCACGGGGACGGCCACCGUGUUCGUCACCGUCCUGGACGUGAACGACAACCGGCCCAUCUUUCUACAGAGCAGCUACGAGGCCAGCGUCCCCGAGGACAUCCCUGAGGGACACAGCAUCGUGCAGCUGAAAGCCACAGAUGCAGAUGAGGGCGAGUUUGGGCGUGUGUGGUACCGCAUCCUUCAUGGUAACCAUGGCAACAACUUCCGGAUCCAUGUCAGCAACGGGCUCCUGAUGCGAGGGCCCCGGCCCCUGGACCGAGAGCAGAACUCAUCCCACGUGCUGAUAGUGGAGGCUUACAACCAUGACCUGGGUCCCAUGCGGAGCUCCGUCAGGGUGAUCGUGUACGUGGAGGACGUCAACGACGAGGCCCCCAUGUUCACACAGCAGCAAUACAGCCGCCAGGGGCUUCGAGAGACCGCGGGCAUCGGCACAUCGGUCAUCGUAGUCCGAGCCACGGAUCGAGACACCGGGGGCGGCGGCCUGGUGAAUUACCGCAUCCUAUCUGGCGCGGAGGGGAAGUUCGAGAUUGACGAGAGCACGGGGCUCAUCAUCACCGUGGAUUACCUGGACUAUGAGACCAAAACCAGCUACCUGAUGAACGUGUCUGCCACUGACCAGGCCCCCCCCUUCAACCAGGGCUUCUGCAGCGUCUACAUCACGCUGCUCAAUGAGCUGGACGAGGCUGUGCAGUUCUCCAACGCCUCCUAUGAGGCGGCCAUCUUGGAGAACCUGGCACUGGGCACUGAGAUCGUGCGGGUCCAGGCCUACUCCAUUGACAACCUCAAUCAGAUCACCUACCGCUUCGACACUUAUACCAGCGCCCAGGCCAAAGCCCUCUUCAAGAUAGAUGCCGUCACGGGUGUGAUCACGGUCAAGGGCCUGGUGGACCGGGAAAAAGGCGACUUCUACACCUUGACGGUGGUGGCAGACGAUGGUGGCCCCAAGGUGGACUCCACCGUGAAGGUGAGUGGCCUGUGGACUGGGGCUGUCCCCUGUACUGUUGGCUGUGGCCAGUGCCAGCUCCAUCCCUAUGUGGCACUGCACCUUCCUGCAUCCUCUGGAGACAGGCCCGUGGACAGGCCCGCAGCAGGUUCCUGCCCAGACCCUUCACAACCACUCCAGUCCCAGCCCAUCUUGGACGCAUUCCCCAGAUCCAGCUCUGCCCUUUGUGCCAGCCCGUGGGGGCUGGGAUUGGGGGUAGGGGGCACUAGAAAGGAGACGGUGGGACACUCGAUAGAAGGAACACGGAGGCUUUGUCCCAGCUCUGCUGUGUGACACAAGCAAGUUGUUCAACUUCUCUGUGCUUCUCUUCCUCGGGUCUAAAGUGAGGAUCUUGCCAACAGCCCUGAAGCUGGCAGGAGAUGGCGAAUAAGAAGCCCUUUGUAAACUAGGCCCCAAGGAGCAUAUGAUGGGAGUGGCAUCUGUAAAGGGGAAACUAGCCCUCUCUUGGGGGUUGGGGGAAGGAGCAUAUA